UGAAGAGAGAGAUCUGUGUCUGCAGCAUCCGGUUGUGUUAGUUGUAGAAUGUAACGGGGAAAGAAGAAAUACGAAGAAAAAAAGAGAUCUGUAUCUGGAGUACUCAGCUAUGUCAGUACAAUGCAAAAUCCCUUGUGUAAAUGAAGGACAAAAAUCACCCCACUAUCCUGAAUGUAAUGAGAAUAUAAAACAUAAUGAAGAAAUAAAUUAAAACCAAGAAGUAUUACCAGAAGUGGGCAGAUACUAACAAGAAGAAAAGUGUAUAGUACAAGGAAUUGCGUAAGCCGACAGCUUAGUUUGGAACACAAAAAAAUGCACAAAGAUGUAGAAGAAGAGGAUGUGUAUAGUACAAAAAUGUUCGCAAGUGAAACACAGUGUCACAUUAGCUCUAAAAUAAAAAAAAUGCAAUUUCCAUGCAUGGAAUGUUGUAAGAAUUUUUCCUGUAGCUCAGCCCUCACUAGACACCAAAAACUUCAUGCUGGAGUGAGACCUUAUUCUUGCAAGGAAUGCAAGAAGAGUUUUGCCCGAAGUUCUCACCUAGUUAUACACCUACGAAGCCACACAGGAGAGAGACCAUUUUCUUGCAGUGAAUGUGGAAGGGGCUUUACCAGUAGUUCUACUCUCUCCUUACACCAGCGAACCCACACAGGAGAAAAGCCAUAUGCCUGCAAAGAAUGUAGUAAGGGAUUCAUCAGAGCUUCUCAUCUUGCACUCCAUCAGAGAACACACACAGGAGAGAGGCCUUAUGGAUGUUUGGAAUGUGGCAAAACUUUUUCAGACAGCUCAACACUUCAUAAACACCAGAGCACACAUACAGGAGAGCGACCAUAUGCCUGCAGGGACUGUUGGCGGAGUUUCACACGAAGUGCCAAUCUUGUGGCUCAUCAGAGAACUCACACAGGAGAGAGACCUUAUUCAUGUAGCGAAUGUAGCAAAACAUUUACUAGAAAUACACAUCUACUUAUGCAUAUGAGAACACAUGUGGAAGAAAAAUCCAUUCCCUGACACAACUGCAUUUGGAUACUUAUACCUAGCUGCAUAUUAAUAAACUUUUGUUUUAUUCUGUUAAUAAUGUUUUCCAUUUGAAAGUGAUGAAAAAAUAUAAACAUUUUAGUUCA